UGCUCUCGAUAUUCGCCAUGAGAUAUUAGUCGCCAUUGACGGUCUGCGCUGCUUCUGCUUCUAUAACGCGCUUGCGUCACGAUGCCUCUCCAUCUGCUCGGUAAGAAGUCAUGGAACGUUUACAAUGCCGACAACAUUGCGCGCGUGAAGGCCGAUGAGGCUGCAGCCGCUGCCCGCAAAGCUGCCGAAGAACAGCGCAUCCAAGAAAUCGAUGCCGCGCGACGAGCUGCCAUCCUUCGAGGCGAAACACCGCCGCCGCUGCCGGAAGAGAAUCCACCGCACAAGGACGAGACAAGCAGACCCGUGCGCAGAGAUGGACACGAUAAGAAGAGACGGAGGCUCGCCGGCGAAGACGACACCGACAGAGACAUCCGUCUUGCAGCCUCUGCAGAAGGUGAUGGCGGCGACGAACUUGGAGACAUCGAUGCCCGUCUAGUGAGGCUGAGAAAGCCUACUAGCGACGCUCCACUGAUCGAUCAUGCCGGCAACAUCAAUUUAUUUCCUGUCGACAUAAAGGAGCAGAUGAAGCGCGAAAGGAACGAGGAAGUCGAAAAAGAGAAGCGAAAGAAGGAGAAGGCGUUGGAGGAUCAGCACACAAUGCGUUUUUCCAACGCAGCUGGCCGAGGAGGGUUGGGACAGCAGCCAUGGUAUGCUUCGAGGAGCUGCAGGACUGCUGAGCAAGACGAGCCCAUUAGCAAGGCACUUACGUUCCCGGAUCUUGAAAACAAGAAUGUGUGGGGCAACGAGGAUCCUCUACGGAAGAAGAGAGAGGAAUCGCGAAUCACUUCGAACGAUCCGUUCACCUUCAUGCAAAGGGCCCAAGUGCAGCUCAAAAUGUCAAAGGAGGGCAAGAAGAAGUGGGCGGCGGAGCGAGAUCGGGAGCUGAUGGAACUGAGAGCGGCACAGGAAAGGUCAUCAUGUCGAGAGAAUCAUGAUAAAAAAAAGAAGCGUGCGCAUAAGGACGAUGAUCGCAAAGAUCGCGGUGCUCGCAAUAAAGAACGGUCCUCGUUGCAUAAGCACCAACCUAUGGGUCGCAGCCGAAGUCGCGAGCGGAGUUAUGAGCAUUCAUCGUCGCACCGACGUACUGAGAGGAGACAAAGUCUUAGUCGCGAAGAGGAGCGGAGACCGCGCGAUCAAACCGGCUCCACGAAUCGUCGACGCGAGCGAAGGACUUCUGAUCGAGGAUAG